CUGAGCGGAUGUGGAGGAUACUGUAGCCGACUGUAAUGUUUCAAUCAGUUUGCGGCUCUCGGCCUGUAAACUGUGGAUGAAAAGAGGAAGGACAGCGAGUGGUGGUUAUUAGCAGUUCCGUUGGCCAGAUUUUUACAUAUCCACCAGUGUAACUUCUCCUUACCUGGUGUACGGCGGCGGUUAAAUCAAACAACUACUGAGUGUGCAGAUGGCAGCUGUGAGCAGCAUGAGCAAAAUGUAUGGGCUCUGUUUCCACGCUGUCCGUCAGACAGCAGGACUGAAGGCAUAUCGACUGCUUCAGCGCAGAGGCUUCAGGGUAUCUGUUCUUCAGCUGCAGCAGACCUUUGACUCUUCGCUGGAAAAGCCCCAGUUUCCAGGAGCCUCGGCCGAGUUUGUGGAUCAGCUCGAGUUCAUCCAGCCCAAUGUCAUCUCUGGGAUCCCAGUGUACCGAGUGAUGGACAGGCAGGGAAAUAUCAUCAACCCCUCUCAAGACCCUCAGCUCUCCAAAGAGACAGUUUUGAACUUUUAUCAGAAGAUGACCAUGCUGAACACAAUGGACCGCAUUCUUUAUGAGUCUCAAAGACAGGGUCGGAUCUCCUUCUACAUGACUAACUAUGGUGAGGAGGGGACACACAUCGGCAGUGCUGCUGCUCUGGAUCCAAACGAUCUGGUUUUUGGGCAAUACAGAGAAGCUGGAGUGCUGAUGUACCGAGGAUUUCCUCUGGAUCACUUCAUGGCUCAGUGUUACGCCAAUGCUGAUGACCUCGGAAAGGGCCGGCAGAUGCCCGUCCACUAUGGCUGCAAAGAUCUGAACUUUGUCACCAUCUCAUCUCCUCUGGCCACUCAGAUUCCUCAGGCGGCUGGAUCUGCGUAUGCAGUCAAGAGAGAGAACACAAACCGUGCUGUCAUUUGCUAUUUUGGGGAAGGAGCAGCUAGCGAAGGGGAUGCACAUGCCGGCUUCAACUUCUCUGCCACCCUUGAGUGCCCACUGAUAUUUUUUUGCCGCAACAAUGGCUACGCCAUCUCUACCCCUACAAACGAACAGUACAGAGGUGAUGGCAUCGCUGCUCGUGGUCCUGGUUAUGGCAUGUUGUCCAUUCGUGUUGAUGGUAAUGAUGUGUUUGCUGUGUACAACGCUACAAAGGAAGCGAGGCGCAGGGCUGUGGCUGAGAACCAGCCAUUCCUCAUUGAGGCAAUGACCUACAGAAUUGGCCACCACAGCACCAGCGAUGACAGCUCGGCGUACCGUUCGGUGGACGAAGUGAACUAUUGGGACAAACAGGACCAUCCCAUUUCCAGGCUGAGACAUUACAUGACAGCCCGCGGAUGGUGGAGCGAAGAUGACGAGAGGAGCUGGCGAAAACAAUCACGCAAGACGGUGAUGGAGGCGUUUGAGAGGGCUGAAAGGCGGCUCAAACCCAAUCCUGAACUGUUGUUCACCGAUGUGUACCAGGAGAUGAUACCCAGCCUGAACAAGCAGAGAGAGUCCCUGUGGAGACAUGUGCAGCAGUACAAAGAGCACUACCCACUAGACUUGUAUGAAAAAUAACUUUUUUGCUACGGGGCAAAACAAAUUGAAAUUUGGUUGAUAAAUAGACUGUUGCACAGUUUUCGCUGUAUUCAUAAAAGGUAGUUUUGAUACUUGUCAUUUCUUUCUGCAUGACAGUGGGGAGAAAGAUUGUGCUUGCAAAACAAAACUCCAAGCUCUUCAUGUCUCUGGGAUUGGUGCCUUAAGUUAAUAAGAUUUACUAUCGGUAGUAAAGCUUCUCAAAUUUAAAUUCACACCUUUAUUUCACAUUAAUUCCAGGUUCUGUAAUGUUCUGCAAGUACAGUAGAAUCACCUGCUGCAGUGUGAAUGCAUUACUCACAAUAUAAACACAGAAUUUGACUUUGUGCUUCUUCUCUUCUUACUCUCCCAUUCAGUGACGUCUAACAGGUUUUAUUGUGUAUCACUGAAGUGACCGCUUUAACGUAUGUCAAAGAACUAUUAAAAUGCUUCUUAGUAUACACACUCAAAUUUUAGAUGGGAUGGUAUGCUGUGGUGAUGUUACACACUGUUCUAAAUCCCAGAACUGUACACUUACCUAGCUCGUGAUUGGUGUUUUGUGGAAAAUAAACUGAGGAACAUUC